ACUUAGUCUCGUAGCUUCGCGGAAAAAAAGCUGCAUUCUAUUCAAAGUUGCCUUGUUUCGAGUUGAGAAAUACUACAAAACUCGCCAAGAAAUUCUGAAAGCACCACCAAAUUUUAAGAGUCUUACUUGUGGUCAAGAUUGCCCACCAUGAUACACCCGUCGCGGCAAGCAUAUGUUGAGGAAGCAGAGGAGGAUCAUGGUAUGACAUUAGACCAAGUCCCGGAAGAUCGCGACUAUGAAAUUCCUUCAACAUCCGCCGGAAUCGCCCCGGAGAAGGCCUCCGCCAUAUUGUCCCAAUUCGAGCGUAAGAGACGAGCUGCGACGAUGGCGGUACCAACAGAUGAUGGCCGAGUACGUGCCAGACUACGAGAGCUUGGAGAGCCCAUCACUCUAUUUGGUGAAGGCCCGGCGGAUAGACGAGAUAGAUUAAGGGAACUUUUGACUUUACAAGCAGAGCAGGCACCAGGAGAAUCGCCCGAUGUAGACAUGGAGGAUGUUCCAGAGGAUGGCCAGGAAGAUCAGGAAGAAGAAUUCUACACAACAGGCAGUGAUGAAUUGUUAAAAGCGCGGCAAGAUAUUGCAACCUUUUCUCUACCCCGGGCGAAACGAAGGUUGGCAUUCCAGAAAGAGGAAGCAUCGAUACCUCUACGUACGCACGUCAAGUUUCGCAAACAGAUCAAAGAGCGCCUACAAGCGUUCGAACUCCAAGGCUCCCAGACGGCAGGAGAUAGGAAUGUUAGCAUGACGAGGAUAUCCCCCAACGGUGGACUUGUCGCUGCGGGAAAUUGGGGAGGUUCUAUUAAGCUGAUCGAAAUACCAACACUACAAGAGAAGAUGACGUUACGAGGACAUACGAACAGAGUGAGCGGUAUAUCCUGGUUCCCUGGUUCGACCCUUUCUGAGAGCAACGUGUCACCAGAUGCGGUUAACCUUGCUUCGGGCGGUGCCGAAGGCCAGGUAAAUCUUUGGUCACUAAAUAAAGACACGCCGCUCUCGACACUUGAGGGACAUGGUCAACGAGUAUGUCGAGUUGAGUUCCACCCUUCCGGCCGAUAUCUUGCGUCAGCUUCAGAAGAUACUACAUGGCGCUUGUGGGAUGUCGAGUCAACCACAGAAUUGUUACUACAAGAAGGUCAUUCAAGAGGCGUAUUCGCUAUUAGUUUCAAUACAGACGGAUCGCUACUCGCUAGUGGAGGCCUAGAUAGCAUUGGUAGGAUAUGGGACCUGAGAUCUGGAAGAACAGUUAUGAUCUUAGACGGUCACGGAGAUGGACACAUCAAACCCAUCCACGGCCUUGAUUGGGGUUCGGACGGCUAUCGGGUUCUUAGCGGUUCAGCAGACGGCUGGAUCAAGUGCUGGGACGUAAGGAAAGUCCAGAGAACAGGUGGAAUUGGAGCCCAUACUAGCGCAGUCUCAGAUCUCAGGUGGUAUAAAGGGUUAGACGACCCCCUCACCGGUAGCUCUCCGGGGCUCGACGAAAAGGGGAAUCAACUUCCUAAGAAGUCAAGCACGUUCUUCGCUUCUAGCGGAUUUGAUCGCAAGGUCAACGUCUUUUCUGCAGAUGACUGGACCCUUAUACAAACUCUCGAAGGGCAUACAGGGCCAGUGGCAAGUGUGGAUAUUAGCAGAGAUGGGAGAUGGAUCGUUAGUGGUGGACAUGAUAGAACUGUGAAGUUGUGGGGUCGGAAUGAUGGUGAAGGAGUUUAAUAGGAUAUACAUGGCAAAUUAAAGGUGAAGGGAUGGCAACAACUCGGAAGAUACCCAAUAUAUUUAUAUGGUUGCCAUACUGAAAAGGAG